AUGCAGACUGACAUCUUGGGAACGUAUCAUCGCCACCAGUGCGAUUUAGCUGCGGCUGUGAAUGGUGUGACCCUAGAGGAACUUGUGCUCUGGAACCCUGACCUGGACGCCAAUGUCAAUUCUUCAACCUGCAGUUUUAUACAAGGUGUACUUUACUGUGGGAAGUCCUACGUGGAUCGCCCAGAUCCUCCUGUAGCAGGUCCGGACUUCGCAUUUCCUCUAAGAGAGGGUUACGAUGUUGAUUGUACCGAGUUUGCGGACGUACCUAAGGGGUUCACGUGCACUGACGUCCUUGGUGUCUUCGGCUUAAAUAUUGCACAGUUUUACAGAAUGAACCCUGCUGUCUCUACCGACUGCAAGACAAGUUUUUGGAAAAAUCAAGCAUACUGUGUGGGAACUGCCGACUCAAUCAGCGUCACCGGGUCUGCUCAACCGACACCAGGCACAACCAGUGGCCUCGUACUUCCAACUCCGAAUCAGGCAAACAGCGCUGUUAGCAACUGCAAUAAUUUUGCGCAGGCUUUAGAAGGGGAUUAUUGCUACCUCUUUGCCGAGCGGAACGCAAUAAUUACAACUCAACUUUACGCGUGGAAUCGCGUGCUUGAAAAUGGUAAUGCUUGUGGUAGCUCUUUCUGGAAAGACUACUGGUGUUGUAUAGUCGUGUCGGCAUGGAAAUGUUCUUGA